AUGAGGAAGGCUGGGCUCUGGGGGCUGCUGUGGACAUUUCUUGUCUCAGAAGCUCGAGCUGCCACUGACCCAGCCGAAGAAAGGUAUAACCGAGUCGAGGGACAGACCUUGGCAGUGAGCUGUCCCUUCAACAUCAGGAAGUAUGCCAGCAGCCAGAAGGCUUGGCAGAGGCUGCCGGACGGAAAGGAGCCCUUGACAUUGGUCGUCACAGAGAGGCCAUCUGCAAAUCCCAUUGAGGUCCACGUGGGGAAGUACACACUGAAAGAUGACCCUGGGGAGGCCAUGUUGCAUGUCCAAAUGACUGAUCUUCGAGUGGCAGACUCUGGAUUGUACCGCUGCGUGAUUUACCACCCUCCUAAUGACCCUGUUCUGCUCUUCCAUCCUGUCCGCCUGGUGGUGACCAAGGAUUCUUCAGAUCCAUCCACUUCUGGCAUCAUAACUACUAUAAGCCCAACUACAUUUCCCAUCCUGAUUACCACAAAAUACCCGCGCAGAGACAGGACUAUGACCCCAUCCACAGCUGUUGUCUCUUCUCCUGACCCUGGAGUCACCUACCCAAACAGGACAGAUGUUCCCAGGGUCUCCAUAUCCAGCAUUGUUGUUCCUGUGGUCUGUGGACUCUUCAGUAAGACCCUUAUCUUCACUGUCUUGUUUGCUGUGACACAGAGGUCAUUUGAAUGACAGACCAUGAAGCCACAUAGCAGUGACUUAUGACUUUCAGCCACGUCUAUCUCACAAGAAGA